AUUUUCCAAAAAAGAUAAACACUCCACUCGUAAAAAUACCAUAAAGUAAAUUAAAUUCGAUCAACGCAACCUUUUUUAAUCUGUUCGUUUUUGAACACGCUUGCGCUGUUCAUUAUGGAAAAAUAUAUUAUUCUUUUUUUGGUUGCCAUUGCAACCGUUCAGGCGCAUGAGGGUUCAAUAAAAGUAUACGAAAUAAGGAAAGAUGGUAAUGUAGACGAUGUAAAUAACAAUCCUCAAUGGCUCACAAACUACAAGGUUCAACACGAAAAACUAAUAAACGGUUUGCUUGAACAAGUUAAAGAGCUGGUCAGAAAUAAAAUAAGGAACAAUCGAGAGGAAGAGGCUGAAAGAUUACUGGCAGGAUUGGCAAAGCUUGUAAGUCGAGUUGCAAAUAAGAAAACAAAGAUUGUUGAUGACGUUCAUAAGCAAAUGUCAGUUGUAGUCAUACCGAUGGACCAGGAAAACAGCCAAUCUCACCAACCUUCUGUGCUUGGUAAGCUACUGAGUGCAGCACUGCGGAGCGAAUAUGAAGGUGUUGAGGACAGGACUGCUCCACCUCGUCACAGAAGACCAUAUGACGAUUAUAAUGAUGACUGAGAAAUGAUCGAGAUGAAAGUUUCCUUAUUUUAUAAAUUACAAAUUAAAAAAUUAAACAUCUGAUUAAACGCAUGAAGUAUAUCAAUCA